CCAAGCUUGGAAUUCCCCUGCGAUAGGUCAUUGGUCUUUCAACCCAAAUGCAAAUUAAGAACAACCUAUAAUUUCAUGGCUAGUCCCAGGCCCGACUCAGUUUCGUCAUCCCAGGUGUUCUUGGGCGAUGCAAGCAUAGACAAAGAACGUAUUUCCAGCGGCAAUCCCGAUCUCGUGGGCUGGGUUGGAGAUCAUGAUCCCGUACGCUUCGGCUUCCCGAAAAGAAUUGUAGGGGGUUCCUGUUCCUGCGCUAACGGCUCUACAAAAUGCUACUCUCGGAUGCGCCCCGACAACAUGAAUUCCGGCUUCAAGGUGGUUUCUCUCGCCUUCGGAGAAAAAGCAGGUAGAACACGGGUUUCACGCGCUUGUGAUAGAUGUCAUCGGCAAAAGAUAAAAUGCGAUGCGGCCCAACCCCGGUGCAAUUGGUGCACUCAUCAGGACGUCCCCUGUCUAUAUGAUAGGCAACGCAAGAGACGUCGCAAUUUACAUUUUCAAGUACCGCAAAAAUUGAGUGUCACAUUAGAACCUCAUACCAAUGCGUCUGAUAAUGAUGUGGUGGGAGAUUCUACCCUACCGCCUAGUAAACCUCGAAAUCACUCUCCGGCGCACUUGAGUGGCAAAGUCCCUAUAACUGAAGGGAGCGCCUCGUUGUCAUCAUCUUCAGACACCAUACCUGCAUUAUCGGGCACGCAGGUUAGCCAGCCUUCCAGACGAUCAUCACCGACCAUUGAGUCUUCUAACUCUCCACCCUGGGAGAAUGUUGCACAAUUUGGCCCCGGUCUGAAUCAUGAAUCGAGUUCAAUCGACCGAACAAGUCUACCUGAGCAUGAUGUGAUCAAAUCCCUGGCCGUUGACUUCUACUCUACGAUUUAUAGCUCCAUAUUCCCGACACUAGACCCCGUUCUCUUCGACCAAACUGUAUCGUAUGCUUAUGAGACUGAUCCCCGUGGGCGAGGGGCUAGGAAGUCUGAUUGUCUCUGCACGCAGGCCAUCGGACAUCGCCAACUGAACGUUUGGCAAGAGCCCGACUUAGACCUGCUGCAAACAUCAGUCAUCACGAUUGUCGUCUGUCUUUUCUCGGGAAAACUUCGAAUGGCUGUCAUGUGGAGCACUUUCGCCUCUCGAGUAGUACUCCUUCUUGGAGGCCAUUCCAAGGCAUGCUUCGAGCGCGCGUCGCUCUUCACCAAUUCGAGUGAGCUAGGGACUAGGGUAGACGCGCAUCUUCGAAACCUUUUCUGGUUGUGCUAUCAUUUCGAUGAAGAACUUGGUCGGCGCACGGAACAGCCACCGUUUCUAUCUGAGCACAAUUGCGACCUGAGUCUUCCUGGAGGCUACAAGGAUUAUGUUCAUUUACCAUGGAAGCAGACAUUUACUCACAGCCUCUAUUUCCCGGCGAUCUCCGGUUAA